AUGUCGGAGAACUUCCACUCGAACAUCUGGACGAUGGUGUUGCGGCCCUCCACCCAGUGGGGGUCCUUCUGCUUGAGGUCGCGGUCGGCGUCUCGGGUGACGAGGGCGGCGGCCGCCAGGGCGGGCAGCAGCAGCAGGAGGGCGCGCAUGGCGUCAAGGAGAGAGAGCCCGAAUCGUGCAGAUGGCGACCCCUUCUGGGCUUGCCCUGGGCGGAUGCCGCUUAUUUAUAAUGUUCCGCGCCCUCCCCCGCGCAAUGAGGUGUGUGCUUCAAGGUGUGGCGUGGGCGCGCCGCCCGCGUCCCCUCCACGCCCGCCACCCUCCUCUCCGCUCUUCUCCGCCCUGCCAUGCCACGCCUCACCAUGCCCCCGAACAGCUGCACCUACAGCGCCCCGCGUGAUUGUAAUGCUGAAAUGGAAACAUAAACAUGAAUACAAUCACGUGCUGUGGAAGUGA